UAUUUUUGUUAAUCUUUUUAGCACUUCAAUUUAUAGAAUAACAGUGUCUUAAUUUUUAUCUAUAAAGUAGGCUUAUUNUGAAUAAAUUGACUUUUAUAUAAUUGAUUUAAUUAAAUAAUUGACGCAUUAUAAUUUAAGAAUGAAUUUAUUCUAAUUUUGGGAAUAAAAGCAGAAUUAAAUUCCUGAAUAUUUGAUUAAUAAAUGAACAAAUUAAUUAUAGUUGUACUUCUUGGAUUGGCAUCUGCAUAAUUGCAAAGUGUUUAAACCCUAAAUGUUACUUAAUAUUUAGGUAACUGGUAUGAAGUAGCCAGUAGUCCUUGGGUUCAUUUAACAUUUGAAAAAGAUGCUUAUUGCACUAGAGCUACUUAUGGUUUAUAAUCAGAUGGAAAUUUAAGUGUUUUAAAUAUGGAGAGAUAUGGAUCUCCUACAGGUGAAGUGAAAGAAAUAACUGGUUAUGCUUACAUUCCAAAUCCAGAAUAACCAGGUUAAUUAAAAGUACAUUUAGAUGGAGCACCAUUUGAAUAUGCUGAUUAUUGGAUUGUUUAAUUAGGACCAGUCAAAAAUGACUAAUAUUAAUGGGUUAUUGUAAGUGAACCAACUAAAUUCUUUAUGUGGGUAUUAGCCAGAGAUCCAGUUGAAUACAACUUAUUGUAUGCAACAUAAGUCUAGAAUACAGUAUCUAAUACUCUAUAAUUCGAUGGACGUUUCAAUUAAUAUGUAGCUAGACCAUGGACUGGAUGUAUUCCAUAUGGUGAUGCUUAAUGAACAACAUUUGAUAUCAUUAUAUAUAAAUUAAGACUUAUUAGUUCUCAAG